GAGUAUCACGCACCUGGAAGGUUUAAAGGCAGACUUGUGGUUUUGUCCGGUAACAUUUGGGACUCCGUGCGGACAUUCAUGGCGAGAGUUGCAGUUCCUCUGAUCGUGUUGGUGGUUGUGGCCGUUGCUGUGGAAGGUGCCCCGGCUCCGGACCGCCAGCUGCAGGACCAGGCUGCAGUGUCCACCCUCCUGCAGCAGCUGUUCCAAGCAUCGCAGCAGAUCUCUGAGAAUGACCAGUCUCCCAGGGUCAACCUACACUCACAAGGCCAAGGACACGGCGCUGGCGCGCUGCAGCUGACCGACCAGACAGAGUUGACGGGCUCCGAGGACGGCAAAACUGCGUUCGACUGUGAAUGCCACAAUGUGAGCGCCUGGAGGGACCCUUGGUGUGCUUAUGUUUGCCAGCAGGCGAUAAUUGGCUGAUGUCGGCAGGUCCUCACAGUCCGGACUGCAGACCGUGACGUCACAGCAGCGACGGAAACGUCGGUAUGAUACCCGCAGGGCCACGGACAUCCCAACGUCAUGAGGAAAUUUACGGAAGACAGACAAAAAUGAAAGAACGUUACGAUAACUAGAUUAACAAUAUAAAGGGACACUUAUUAUAACAUGUGAGGAAAUGUAGUCUUUGUCCUGUUUCAUCUUUGACAAGUAAAAAUCAAUCCUGAUAUCAGCGUCAUACGUAAGAAUAUUAAAGCUAAGCUGGUCUAAUUGA